AAAGUGUCUUCGAAUCGCCUUUUGAAGACUCUCUACUGGUAAAGUAAAACAGACUCAAGAACGCUCUUGUGAAUAAAGAUCCGUUAUUCCCACCACUCUCUCUCUUUCAGCGCCGCCAUGGACGAUCCACCGUUGCAGAGGAUCGCGAUUUCCGGCCCCACACUUGCCUCCCUCAUCCAGCGCUUCUCCACUUCCCCCUCGGCCAUCCACGGCCUCCUCUUCGGCCACGUCACCCACCUUCCCACCACACUCUCCGACGAUUCUUCCUCCACCGUCCCCACCCUCCUCGCUACCAUCACCGGCUUCCUCUGCUCCCCCUCCUUCCACGACUCCUCCGGCGCCGUCCUCCCCUCCGCCCUCCACCCCCACUCCUCCCUCCUCGGGUGGUUCUCCGCUCGCCGCCGAUCCGCCCUCCGCCCCUCCAUGCGCGAGUUCUCCGUCACCUCCUCCCUCUCGUCUCUCUCUCAAUUCUCUACGUCAAUCGAUAACUCAAACCCAAACCUAAACUCAAAUUCCCGUGAACAACCUUCUCUCUUUCCUCCCUGCGUCUUCCUCCUCCUAGCUUCCCCUCCCUUCGACAACGCGCCCUCCUCGCACGUGCACACGCAUGAGUACCGCGCCUUCCAGUUCCGCACCGGGCCCCAGUUGUUCGAGCCCCGCUCCCUCGACGUCGUCAACAUCGGCCCUGCCUUCCGCGGCCACUACGGUGCUUUCAGCCCCAACUCGCGCCUCCCCGCACUCGACUGCGGGCUCCGUGGCUCCCCGAUGGAUGAAGGUGGCGACGACAGACUCGCUGGGAUGAAGCAGGCCGCCAAUGACCAGAGGGAGCUCGAUGGGUGCGUCGAGGGGUUUGAGGUGGGGAAGCUGAGCAGAAUGGUCGGUUCUGAUGCUAGGAGCUACACCGAGGGUUUGGAGGAGUUAUAUAAGAAAAUGCUUGUUAAGAUUCAGAAUUUGACCAGCUUGGUGGACGAGAGUUCUGCUAUGGUUCUUGAGCAGGAAAAUCAUAAUAGGAAGUUAAAACACAAAAUUUUUAGAUCUGCUGCCUCAGAAUAACUACUUGUGUCAAAUCUGAUGAUCCCUUCUUUUUUUGUUCAGUUUUCGUGGGCUUCCUCUAGUGGUGAUCUCUAGAAAAGCCUGAAACAAGAGGAGGACUUUAUUGCAGCUCACCAGACUUGUGUAUUAAAAGCUGAUCAUAAUCUGCUAAAGCAUGAAAACCAUGUUUCUGUACAACUAUAUGACCUUACACAACUUUGUAAAAUCAUUUUUAUAUUCUGCAAUAAUAUCUCAUGGUGUAUUAAGUAGCUAAAUGUUCUCACUAAUGUUAUGGUUAGAGAAAAUAAUUGUUAUCCAUUUGGUCAAUUAUCGAUGAUAACAAGCUUAUAUUAUGUGUGGCACAGCAGAGAAGAUUAGUAGCUAUGGACAUUUCAGCGUUCUGUGCUUGAUCUGGAUCAACAAUUUCUUCUAUUCACUUUAAAAAUUAGUUUCUGUAUGGACCGGACCUUUUGGUGGUCAUGUGGUAUAUGCAGUCCAGCUGUUGUAGAUGAUGUAAUUUGCUUUUUGAUGACUCUUCAAGCUGAAGAAGGUAUUAAUUGUGCAGAGCAGUUUUGAAUGAUGUGAUCUUUCUCCAUAUAAGAACAGUUAGAUUUUUUUCUCUCCGCUACCUGUGGCAUAAAUUCGUUUCAUGUGGUGGUGAUAUAUGCCAAUUCUAUUCUGUAUCUUUUUUUUCAGCUUUAGUUGUUGCAAUGUCGUGUUCACAUGGUGACUUUACAAGAGAGAAAUGAAAUCAACAUGCGUUGCGAUAUUAA